AUGAGUAGCCACUUCUUCCUGAAGCACGAGGCGAAUUACUCGAACCAUCCGAACCUGGUCCAGUAUUUUGUCCCUUUGACCGAUGCCGAAUUUCGAGAGCACUUGGAGCGGCACCGGGGAGAAAUCGCCAUCAUGCUGAGGUCUUCGGAGUUCAAUCAGGACAAGACAACCUUGAUUGUGACUAACAGCCCACUUCCUCUGCUCAUUUCCGGCCAACAGCUUUCGACGCCUUCGCGGUAUUUCUCGAAAGAAUUGUUAGGAAGGGAGCCACUUUGCUUACCCCCGCUGAGGACGUCACAGAAACAGCUGAUAGGUCCGGACGUCUGGAAACUGAGGAAGCCUCCACAAUUCAGAUUUGCCACCAACAACGAUUUCAACGGUGAAGCGAGUUUUUCGAAAAGUUACGCAGAGAGGCGCCUUCAGAGAAUGUACCCCCACUUGCGUACUUCCUCGAGACUAGGUCAACAGAAAAGAGAACCCCUGCCCAGUAUUCAAGGGUGGGCCCCCCAAAUGACCCAUUGGGAGCCUCUAACCAUUGCAUGCCUGACCGAAACGAAGCGCACUCUUACGGCACCAGGGGAUGAUGGCUUCAGGUACGGGAAGGCCCCACUCUGGGUCAUAAACGACUCCGUUGUGCCCAAAAACACCCAAUAA